CAGCUGUCACCGCCGCCAUGGCGGUCGAGCUAUCUAUCUAUCGGCCUACGUGUCUCCCCGCCCACCGUUCUAGCAGCCACACACAUACACACCAGCUGUGUCGCGCAAGCCAGCGUAGGGGGGUAUUUAAGAAGCCGCCAUAACCGGAGGGAGGUAGCCACAUGUUUCAUGUCUCGCUUCUCCGUUUCUGCGGACUCAGAGCUCUCAGAUUUUCCCUCCAUCGCCGUGCCACGUUGGACGAGUGCCAUUCUCGGCUCGAGACCCGACUUGCGCGCACGCGCCUCCGCUUCUCUAUCUAGCAGUGAUGGUCGCCCGGAGCAAGCCUUCGCCAACGACGGGCGAGGGCCGGCUGCUACCCCGGCUGUCGAGAUUGACAAUGGUUGCCCUGACAUUCGCCAUCCUCAACACCUGGAUUGCGCUGGCGGGGUCAAUCGGACUCGUCCUGCCGUCGGGUGGGCCCGUUGCGUUUCUGUAUGGCUUCAUCUUCUGUGUCUUGUGCAACCUCGCGCUCGCUGCGAGCCUGGGCGAGCUUGCUGCCAUCUGGCCAACAGCCGGCGGCCAGUACCACUUUGUCUACGCCCUGUGCACGGAGCGCUGGAAGAAGGUCAUGAGCUUCUGGGUUGGCUGGACCAACAUCGCCGGAUGGCUCACGCUUGUGACGACUGAGGGCUUCUUCGGCGCCCAGUUCAUCCAGGCAGCGGCCGUCAUUGCGUCGGGCGGUGGCUACGCGAUCGAGGCGUGGAGCACGUACCUGAUAUUUGCGGCGAUCGUGCUGUUCACGACGGGCGCCAACGUCUGGGGCAACCGGAUCCUCGGGCGGUGGAACGACGCGGCACUGUACUGGUCGCUGCUCGGCGUCGUGGUCAUCAGCGUGGUGCUACUGGCCACGUCGCCCAAGAACGGCGCGCGCUUCGUUUUCACCGAGUUCCGCAACGACUCCGGCUGGCCCGACGGCAUGGCCUGGAUUCUCGGCCUCCUCCAAUCGGCGCUCUCGCUCAUCGGCUUCGACGCCGCGCUCCACAUGGCCGAGGAGAUGCCGACGCCCGCCAUCGACGCGCCCAGGGCCAUCCUGUACACCGUCAUGGUCGGGGGCGUUACGGGAACCGCCUUUAUCUUGGUCAUCCUGUUCUGCAUCACAGAUCCCGAAACGGUGCUGAACAGCCCGGCGAACAUGCCCAUCGCGGAGCUGAUCCUGCAGGCGACGGGUAGCCGCGCGGCCGCGACUGUGUUGUCGUUGAUGAUGGCAGUCUGCUUCAUCAACGGCACGAACGGGUCUGUGACGAGCUCGAGCAGGCUCCUCUUCGCCAUGGCGCGCGACAAGGGGAUAGUCUACCACAAGUACUUCGCCCAUAUAAGCCCCAGGCUCAAUGUGCCGGUGCGCACGGUGGCGCUCACCUGUGUGUUCAACCUGCUCUUCGGGCUGCUGUACCUGGGGCCGUCAGUCGCGUUUAGCGCGUACGCGGCGAGCUGUACCAUCUUCCUUAACGUCUCGUACGCAUUUCCCGUUAUCGUGCUGCUGGUCCGCGGCCGCGGCAUUCUCCGGCAGCACCGGCCCGGGCGGUCGCGCUUCUCGCUCGGCGUGGGUGGGCUCGCGCUCAACCUGGUCGCCGCUACCUUCGUCGUCGUCACCUCGAUGUUUUUCUGCUUCCCAACCGGCCUGCCAGUGUCCGCCGACGAGAUGAACUAUGUCGUUGUCGUGAUCGGCAUCUUCCUGAUCCUGGUCGGCGCAUACUGGUUCGUUUAUGGCAAAGCAUUCGAGGGCCCCCAAUUCGAUGCCAUCAUCGGCCACGCCGUUGGCGACGAGGAGGCGUCUCGCUAUCUGCCGGGAGAUGUGGCUGGCGACUCUAGUAAGAAGGGAUAUCUUGAAGGAAUGCUGCCCACCGAACCUCUAUAGCAGCCGGUAGGGUCUUCCACAGCCAGAAUUAGCCUGGCUAGCAUAUCCAGGAUCACAGCAGGCACUGGCAGAUAUAAUAGAGAGUUGAGAGGUCUGUGGCGGACUCUUCAGUCGCCAGGUAUGGAGUAACGAUCACUGGUUUUAUUUUGUGCGAAUCUUUCGCCAGUCACACUUUGUGUUCUUUGCCUUUCGGCGUUUGUAGAGCACUGAUAAGGAGAUAGAUCGGAGUUGUUUUGGGGAGGUGUGGCUGGUGG